AUGAAUAAAUCUAUUGAAGGAUUAAAACUUAUUAAAACAUUUCAAAAUACAGAUGAUUUAGCGAAGUAUUUUUUCGAUUUACAAGAAGAAUAUAAUAUAGAAUUAUGUUUGAAUAGAAUUGAUUCAAACAAUUUAAAAAUUAGUUGUUCAUCGUAUGGUUAUGAUAAUGAUAAUAAUGAUAUUCCAUAUUAUAUUAUCCGUUAUAAUAAUGUUGAAGGUUUCCAAUUAUUUGAAAAAAAUGAAGGAAAUUGGGAAAAUGUUAAGGUUUUUACAAAAUUAUUUGAAUUAUAUUCUAAUCAAACUAUAAAACCAAGAAUAAAUUGGGAAAAAUAUUUAUUAACUCAUGAAAAUUUUAUUAAUUCACCAAUUAGAGAACCAUUAAGACGUUCACUAAAUAAAUUAAAUAUUCCAUGGAAUCAAAUUGAUUUAAAUUUAUUUUGGGAACAAUUUCAUCUUAUUUUAUUAGAUUUACAAGGUAAACGAAAUUUUGAAGAUAUUAAUAUUUUAAAAAAUUUAAUUUCUUUAACUAUAUUAAGAUGUAAUGUAAUUAAAAAUGAAAUUAAUGUAACUAAUCGAAUUAUUAUCCAAACUAAUAAUUUAAAGAUUAAUUUUGAAAAUUUACUACAAUCAUCAUCUUCUUCUUCUUCUUCUUCGGAUAUAAAUGGUAAUAGUGAAUUAGAUAUGUCUCAAAGGGAAUCUUCUCAUGAUUCAAUUCCAUCAUUAACUUCAACAAACUCUCCUUUAUCUCCAGUAACUUCAGAUAAUGGUAUAUAUACAUAUCACAAGAAUAUAUUAAAUCCUAUGGAACCAGCAUCUGCUACAAAUCAAAUUGUUAAUAAUUUUAAUAGCCAUUUUAAAUUAAUGGCUGAAGAUUACGAAUUAUUUGAAUUAAAGACUAAAUUCCAUAGAAGAAAAUCUACGGGUACCACUAGUACUACUACUGUUAGACGAAGAAGGAAUAAAGAUCAAAAUACUAAUAAUAAAUUACGUGUAUCUAAAGUUAAGUCUAGAAACUAA